UAAAUGGUCGCGGGACGCGCCCGAGGGGCAGGCGGCUGAACGAGCUCCGGGAGUUCGGAGAUCCGCUGUGUGCAGCCAAUCGGCGCUCCGCGGCGGGCGGGCAGGACUCCAGCCAAUCGGCGCUUGCAGCUUCGCUCCGGCCCGAAGCCGGCCGGAGAGGCCCAGGGCGGGGGUGGGGGGCGGCAGACGAGCCAGGCCCCUCCACCAGCGCUGGGGGGUCGCAGCGCUGCAGGCGUCCCUGGACGCGGUCGUGGCGAGCUGGCAGCCGAGAGAACCAUCAUGGUGGGCGGCUUGAAGAGGAAACGCUCGGAUCUGGAAGAGGAGGAGGAGACGUGGGCUUGGGGUCCAGCGGGCCUGCGGAGCUACCAGCAAGCCCUGCUGCGCAUCUCCCUGGACAAGGUACAGCGCGGCCUGGGCCCCCGCGCGCCCAGCCUCCGCAGACACGUCCUCAUCCACAACACGCUGCAGCAGCUGCAAGCCUCCCUGCACCUGGCCCCGGCGCCCGCCAUGCCCCCAGAGCCGCUCUUCCUGGGCGAGGACGAUUUCUCUCUGUCAGCCACCAUCGGCUCCAUCCUCAGGGAGCUAGAGACCUCCAUGGAUGAGUCAGAGCCUGCGCAGGACGCAGGGGCACCCCCCGGGGGCCUGCAAGGUCCAGUGCUGCCUCCACCCGACCCCGUCUUCCUGGAAGCGCUGAGCUCCAGGUACCUGGGUGACACCACCAACCUGGACGACCUGUUUCUGGACAUUGACACGUCAGCAGUGGAGAAGGAGCCCACGCCCGCCCCUACGGAGCCCACUCACAACCUCUUCUGCACGCCAGGCUCCUGGGAGUGGAAUGAACUGGACCACAUCAUGGAGAUCAUCCUAGGAUCGUAAGAUUUGGCCUGGGGCUCCAGCCGCCAUCAGUCGGGGUGCUGCUCAGCUCCCGUGCUUGUGUGUUCUCAGAGGGGCUUCCAGCAGGGACUGGGGGCCCCCUGCCUCCCGUAUCAGGGUUCCACAAACAGUUCUGCAUGUGUGUGUGUGUCUGGUUGCCACGGCCUUCUAUGAAGGUGCAUCUUCCUGCGUUAAUUUAUCUCUUUCAAAUGCCUUAACGAGACUUUUCUGGGAGUCAGAUUUCCCACCAAACAUAUUCCUUCGGCCUUUCCCUCCACUCCUGGCUUCCCUUAUGACCACUGGGGCCUCAGGGCAAAUAAAGCUGGACCAGUGAAGGGAAGGACAGAGGGGACCUGCUGCCAGGUUGCCAUGGAAACCCAAGGCUGUGCCUCUGGCCCCUCCAGAGAGUGGGAGGAGCUGGCCUCCUCCUCAAGCCCAGGCAGAACCCCACUUCCCUGGCAGCACCCCAGUCCCAGCAGCUUCUCAUCCAUUCAUAACCAGGCCGGACCACGUGCAAUAGGGUAGAAGGGAAACUGCUCCAUGCCGCGCUAUUUAAAAAGAAGCAGGGUUUGUGGUGGGUUGUUUUCA